UAAUAGGGGUCCCAGAAGAAGAGAAAGAGAAAAAGCCUAUAAACUUAUUUGAAAAGAUAAUCGCUGAAAAUUUACCUAAUCUGGUGAAGGAAACAGACAUACAAGUCCAGGAAACCCAGAGAGCCCCAACAAAGAUAAACCCAGAGAUAUCUACACCAAGAUAUAUUAUAAUUAAAAUGGCAAAAGUUAAACAGAGAAUCGUAAAAACAGCAAGAGGAAAACAACUUAUUACAUACAAAGGAAACUCCAUAAAGCUAUCAGCAGAUUUUUCAGCAGAAACUUCACAAGCCAGAAGAGAAUGGCGUGGCAUAUUCAAAAUACUACAAGGAUAAAACUUCCAACCAACAAUUCUCUACCUAUCAAGGUUAUCAUUGAGAAUUGAAGGAAAGAUGAAGAGUUUUCCAGUAAGCAAAAGCUAAAGGGAUACAUCACCACUAAACUGGUCUUACAAGAAAUGUUAAAGAGACUUCUCGAACUGAAAAGAAGUGGCACUAAUCGAUAAUUAGACAAUAUGCAAAAGUAAAAAUCCCUGGAAAAGGUAGAUAUAUAGUAAAAGUAGUGGAUCAAUCACUUAUAAAGCAAGUAUGAUGUUAAAAAGACAAAAACAAUAAAUUUAAAACUAUAUUACUUAGUUAAGAGAUGCAUAAAAUAAAAAGAUGUAAAAUGUGACAUCAAAAAUAUAAAAUGUGGGGUGAGGGGACAAAGAAAAUGUAGUUUGGAAAUGUGUUCAAAAUUAAAGUAGAUGAAUCGAUAAAAAAACAAAAUCAAAGUGUAUGCUGUCUACAAGAGACUCACUUCAGAAGUAAGGAUAUAGACUGAAAAUGAAGAUAUGGAGAAAGAUGUCCCAUGUAAAUGGAAGUGGGGAAAAAAAAUAAAGCCAGGGUAGCAAUACUCAUAGCAGACAAAAUAGACCUUAAAACAAAGACUGCAAUUAUAGACAAAGAAAGACAUUACAUAAUGAUAAAGGUGUCAAUCCAACAAGAAGACAUACAUUUAUAAAUGUAUAUGUAUCCAACAUAGAAGAACCAAGAUAUAUAAAGCAAAUAUUAAUGGACCUAAAGGGAAAAAUUGACAGUAAUACAAUAACAUAAGGGACUUUACCACCCCACUUACAUCAAUGGAUAGAUUAUCCAAGCAGAAAAUUAAUAAGAAAACAUUGGCCCUAAGCAACACACUAGACCAGUUGGAUUUAAUAGACAAACAACAUUCCACCCAAAAGCACAGAAUACACAUUCUUAAGUGAACAUGGAACAAUCUAUAGGAUAGAUCACGUUAGGCCACAAAAUUCAAGAAGACUGAAAUCCUAUCAAGCAUCUUCUCUGACUACAAUAGUAUGAAAUUAGAAAUCAAUUACCAGGAGGAAACUGGAAAAACCAUUAAAAUGUGGAGAUUAAACAACAUGCUAAUGAACAACCAAUGGGUCAUUAACAAAAUCAAAGAAGAAAUUAAAAAAUACCUAGAGACAAAUGAAAACAAAUACAACACGUCAAAAUUUGGAGGGGGGGGGCAGCAAAACUAUUCUAAGAGGGAAGAUCAUAGCAAUACAGGUCUACUUCAAGAAAUAAGAAAAAUACCAAAUAAACAAUUUAACUUUAUACCUAAAGGAGAGAGAAAAAGAAUAAAGGAAGCCCAAUGUCAGUAGAAGGAAGGAAAUAUUGAAGAUCAGGGUGGAAGUAAAGACUAAAAAAAGAUGAAGAAAAGAAAAGAUCAAUGAAACUAAGAGCUCUGAAAAGAUAAAUAUAGUUGACAAAUCUUUAGCUAGGCUAAUGGAGAAAAAAGAGCUCUAAUAAAAUUAAAGAGGGUUGCCUGAGUGGCUCAAUCUGUUAGGCAUCUGACUCUUGAUUUCAGCCUGAGUUGUGAUCUCACGAUUCAUGGGUUCAAGCCCCACAUCAGGCUCUGCACUGACAGUGUGGAGACUGCUUGGGAUUCUCUCUCUCCCUCUGUCUCUACCCCUCUUGUCCAUGCUCACACUCUCUCUCAGUGCAGUGGGGCUCUGCAUUGACAGUGCGGGACCUGUUUGGAAUUCUCUCUCUUUCCCUCUCUCUGCCCCCCCCCCACUCACAUGUGGGCUCUCUCUCUCUCUCAAAAUAAAUAAACUUAAAAACUUUAAAACAAAUAAAUAAAAAUUUAAAAAUCAGAAAUUAAAGAGAGGUUACAACUGACAAAACAAAUACAGAGGAUCACAUGAACAACUAUAUGCCAGCAAAUGGAACAACAGAAAAAAUGGAUAAAUUCCUAGGAUAUACAUUCUUCCUAAACUGAUCCAUGAAGAAAUAGGAAAUCUGAAUAGACUGAUUACUAAUAAAGAGAUUGAAUCAGUAAUCAAAAACCUCCCAACAAAUAAAAAAAGUCCAGGACCAGAUGGCUUCAUUGGCGAAUUCUACCAAACAAGAAAAAUUUAAUACCUAUCCUUCUCAGCCUCCUCCAAAGAAAUCAAAGAGGAGGGAACAUUUCCAAACUAAUUUUAUGAGGGAAGCAUUACCUUGAUACCAAAAUCAGACAAGCACCCCCCCCACACACACACACAUUAGAGGCCAAUAUCAUUGGUGAACACAGAUAUAAAAAUUCUCAACAAAAUAUUAGCAAACUGAAUUCAACAAUAGAUUAAAAGGAUCAUAUACCAUGAUCAAGUGGAAUUUAUUCCAGGGAUGCAAAGAUAGUUCAACAUCCACAAAUCAAUCAACAUGAUACAUCACAUUAACAAAUGAAGGAUAAAAGUCAUAUGAUCAUCUCAAUAGGUGCAGAAAAGUCAUUUGAAAAAUCCAGCAUCCAUUUAUAAUAACCCUCCACAAAGACAGUUUAGAGGGAAUGUAUGUAAACAUAAUAAAGGUCAUACAUGACAAGUCAACAGGUAAUAUGUUGGAAAGCUGAAAGCUUUUCCUCUAAGAACAGGAGGCAAGGAUGUACACUCUUGCCACUUUUAUUCAACAUAGUAUUGGAAGUCCUAGACACAGUAAUUAGGCAAGAACAAGAAAUAAAAGGCAUCCAAAUGAGAAAGGAAGUAGUAAAACUGUCAUUACUUCUAGAUGACAUGAGUCAUAUAUAAAAUACCCAAAAGAUUCCACCAAUAAAGUGUUAGGAUAAAUGACUUAAGUAACAGGAUACAAAAUCAACAAGCAAAAAUCCAUAGUGUUUCUAUAUACUAAUAGUGAAUUAUCAGAAAGAAAUUAAGAAAACAGUCCCAUUUAUAAUUGCAUCAAAAAUAAUAAAAUAGGGGUCCUUGGGUGGCUCAACUGGCUCAGUCAGUUAAGUGUCUGACUUCAGGUCAGGUCAUGAUCUUGUGGUUUGUGGGUUCCAGCCCCGCAUCAGGCUCUGUGCUGACAGCUCAGAUCCUGGAGCCUGCUUUGGAUUCUGUGUGUGUCUCUCUCUCUGCCCCUGCCCCACUCACACUCUGCCUCUCUCUCAAAUAAAACAUUUUUUUUAAUCUUAAAAAAAAGAAUAAAAUAUAGGCACAAAAUUUAACCAAGAAGAUGAAAGACCUGUGCAUUGAAAACUAUAAGACAUUCAUGAAAAAAAUUGAAAAAGACAAAUAAAUGGAAAGAUACUCUAUGCUCGGCUCAUGGAUUGGAAGAAUUAUAUUGUUAAAAUGUCCAUACUACCCAAAGCAAUCUACAGAUUCAAUCCAAUCCCUAUCAGAAUUCCCAUGGCAUUUUUCACAGAACAGUUUUAGAAAUAAUUCUAAAAUGUGUAUAGAACAACAAAAGAUCCCAAACAGCCAACGCAAUGUUGAGAAAGAGAACAAAGUGGAGGUAUCAGCUCUCUGAUUUCAAACUACAAAGCUAUGGUUAUCAAAAACACAGACACACAGAGCAAUGGAACAAAACUGAGAGCCCACAGUUAAACCCACAUAUGGAUGAUUAAUGCAUGACAAAGGAGCCAAGAACGUACAAUGGAGAAAGGAUUGUCUUUUCAAUAUAUGGUAUUGGAAAAACUGGAUCACUAUCUUACACCAUACACAAAAACUAACUCAAAAUGGAUUAAAGACUUGAAUGUUAUACCUGAAACCAUAAAAUUCCUAGAAGAAAACAUAGGCAGUAAGCUCCCCAACUUUGGUCUUACUGAUAAUUUUGUGGACCAGACUUCAAAGGCAAGGGGAACCAAAGCAAAAAUAAACAAAGAGGAUUACUUUACAAUGCUUCUGCACAUUGAAAGAAAACAUCAUCAAAAUGAAAAGGCAACCAAUUGAGCAGGAGACGAUUUUUGAAAAUCAUAGACCAGGGAUUAAUACCCAAAAUAUAUAAAGAACGCAAACAACUCCAAAAACACAACAACAAUAAGAACCAGACAACUUAAAAUAGGUAGAGGAUAUGAAUAGACACUUAGUAUAUCUACAGGUAUGUGCAACCAUCACCUCUGUCGGUUUUAGAACAUUCAUCACAGAGGUCAAUUUUUUUUUUUUUUAAGAUUUAAAAAAAAUUUUUAAGUUUAUUUAUUUUUGAAAGAGAGAGGGAGAGAGCACAAACUGGGAAGGGGCAGAGAGGAGAGACAGAAUCCCAAGCAGGCUCCACACCGUCAGCACAUAGCCCAAUGUGGGGCUUGAACUACACAGCAUGAGAUCAGACCUAGGCUGAGAAGCUCAUCGGAAGCUCAAUGGCCUGCACCACCCAGGUGCCCCUCACAGUGGUCAAUUCUUAACCUUCAUUUUACUUGGCCUAUCAAUAGCUUUUGACAUAGUUGACCAAUCCCUGUCUUGUUGACACAUUUUUUCACUUGGCUUUCAGGACAUCACACUCUCUUGGUGUUUCUCCCUCCUCACUGGUCAUCUCCUUUCAUUUGGUUUUGCUUUUCUUCCCCCAUGACUUGCUUCUAGAGAUUGCAGUGCUCCAGGGUGUAAUCUUUUAAACUCUUUAUUAUCCUCCUGGGUGAUCUCAUCUAGUUUCAUGGCUUUAAAUACCAUCUAUAUAUUUAGUACUAUCAAGUUUACAUCUCUAUCCCAGACAUCUUUCACCAUCUCUAAGUUUGUGUAUGUAACUGUCUGCUCCACAUCCCCAUGUGGAUUGUAAUAGAUAACUCAACAUGUUCAAAACUAACCCUGUUACACCUGCAGUCUUCCCUACCUCAGCUGAUGGCAAUUUGAUCCUUCUAGUUGUUCUGGCCAAAAAUCUUAGAGUCAUCCUUGAUGCCAUUUCUCUCUCACAUACCACAUUCAAUCCGUUACCAAAUUCUGUCGGCUGUAUACAUUCAGAACCCUAUCCCUUCUCCCACCUCCUCUCCUACCCCCUGGUGUGAGCUGUCACCAUUUGUAGCUUGAAUUACUGCAGCAGCCUCCUAACAGGUCAUAUUGCUUUUAAUCCUUGUCCCUCUACAGUCUAGUCUUAAUACAGCAACUACAGUGAUCCUUUGAAAAUAGAGGUGACGUCUUGUUACUCCUCUGCUCAAAACCUUGCAGUGACUCCCCAGAGUAAAAUCCAAAGUUCUUAUAGUAGUCCACAAGGCCUUCCAGGACCUGAUCUGCCCUUGCUCCUUACCUUCUUGAUUUUACUUCUUUACUCUCACCCUUACUUUAAUGCAGUUACAUAGGCCUCAACUUUUCCUCAAACACUCCAGGCACACUUCUCACUCAUUUACAGAGUUUGCACUGGCCAGUCCCUCUGACUAGAAAGCAUUUCCUCCAACUGUAUGGUUUGGGGAUUUGGUUUGGCCAAUCCCCUCACCUCCUUUAGGGCAAUGUUCCAAUUUCAUCUUCUCCCUAAGGUCAUCUCUUAUCACCUUACUUAAUAUACAGUCAACCCUCUCCACCCCUCUUGACUUCCUCCUCCUCUACUUCCAAACCCACUUACCUUGCUCUAUGUUUUCUUUUAUCUAUAGCACCUUUUAACAUACAGUGUUAUUUCUUGUGUUUAUUUCUUAGCUUUGUCUAUAGUGCCUUCUUCCCCUCUGGAAUAAGUUCUCCAAAGCAAGAAAUCCAUUCAUUGAUGUAUCCAAGGAUAUAGCACAAUGUCUGGUACAAUAAUUAUGUGUUGAAUGAGUGAAUGAAAAAUGUGGGUGAUAGUACCUACUCUAAAAUUAUUUUAGGGAUUAAAUUAAAUGCAAAGAUCUUGACACACAAUGGACAUCCAGCAUGUUAGAUUGCUACCUCCCUUCUCCCUUCCCCAAGUAUCUUUCCCACUUGCCUCCUCUUAUAGCACUGUUCCUUCCCUCUUCUCUGAAAAAUUUGACAAUUCUGGGCUCUCCUUUGAGUUUAAAUCCAGGAAAAUCCAACAAAAGUCCACAGAUGUCAUCUGAGAAGAAAAGGAACACUGGGACACCAGCUUUACCCACUGCCACACUGUUAAUCAAAUUAAGAAACUGUCACACAGAGAAGCAGAAAGACCCAAAGAGAUGGAAAGAUAAAUGUUUUUGUUAUUGGAGUUGGAGAUUUAUUACACCAUUUUUUAAAAUUACCUUUAUUGAGGACUAAUUUACAUGCAUUAAAAUAUACAUAUUUUAAGUGUACUGUUUGAUGAGUUUUGACAAAUGUAUAGGUAAUCUGAUUUGGGAUGGAGGGCAUUAAGGUCACCUGGGAUUAUGUAGGUCCAGGGGUUUAACAGAGGGAUCCUGGCCAGGAAAGAGAACAUUAAGACUCUUGGAAAACAUAAACAGAGACAAGUGGAGACACCAGGGCCAACCUGAAAUUGUUCCUGGGGUUUCUAUGCACCAGGAUCUGAACCUCCAGAAUGUCUCACAACUUCGUGGCACCUCUUGGCCCUCCUGAGGGAGUGGGCCAGCUGCCUUUCACACCAGUCUCACGUGUAUAUGCCAGGAGCGGUGACCUGUGACUGAGCCCUCACUUCUCUGCUCUGCAACUGUCCUGCCAAUACCCACACCCCUCAUCCUCGCCUACCGGUGGGGAUGGGAGGGGUCCGUUCCAGACCAGGACAGCCAAUUUUCACCGCUGCCAGACACCCACCGGGUCUGAUUUUCUCUCCAGUCUCAGUUAGAAAUCGUCUUCGAGUCCUCGGCAGCACCGCAGGCCGGAAAAAGCAAAAGUGCCGCUCCAGGUGUUGGCAUCAGAAAUAAUCCUUCGGGUCUGCCAUUCUCUGGUCCCUGGGAGCUCUUGGCCUCUGAGGUGCGAUCUACUGAGCCAGGCCAGCAACCAGGUCCGCUCCCGCCUCCUCAGCUUCUGAAAUAUUCUAGGGGUUGCAGGUUCAGCUUCACUUAGAGACAGCAACUCCGACUUCAGGUUGGCUAGGGAAACUGAGGCACGACGGGGGAUUUUAGGUGAGGGGUCUAAAGUUGGCCGCAGACUUUACUCCUGUAACAGCGAUAACCCCUAUCGAAAGCCCAGUGUGGUGCGUGCCGAUCUAAGAAACCAGUGGGCCGGUUUGCGCAGACAUCUGGGGGAUAGCGAAGCACCGCCCAAGCGGCUGGGAAACCUCAGGGGUGGCGCUGGCUGGAGGUGGGGCCAGGGGUGGGUCCUGGCGGAGGGCGGGGCCGACCUGGGCUACCAGGAGUGCCAGCCUAGCCCUGUACAGCAGAAGUGGUGGUAGUCGCCUUUGCCCUUGGUUCUUGUUCUGCUUGCGCUCGACCUCGCAGCCAUGGAGGCACCCCAGGAGCUUCUGAGUGGGAAGCUCCAACUCUGCUUCACCCCCGCUGCCGGGACCAGCCUCCUGAUGCUCAGGCUGAACGACGCGGCGUUGCGGGCGCUGCAAGAGUGUCGGCGGCAACAGGUUCGGCCAGUGAUCGCUUUCCAAGGCAACCGAGGGUAUCUAAGGUUCCCAGGACCUGGCUGGUCCUGCCUCUUCUCCUUCAUAGUGUCCCAGUGUGGCCAAGAGGGCCCUGGUGGCUUGGACCUUGUGUACCAACGCUUAGGCAGAUCUGGGCCUAACCACCUCCACUGCCUGGGCCCACUCAGGGAACGCCUCACUAUUUGGGCAGCCAUGGAUUCCAUCCCUGCCCCAUCUUCAGUUCAGAGACACAACCUAACUGACAGUGCCAGAGAUCGUGAGAGUUGGCAGAACAUAGGAGACUAUUCUGAGGAAGACACAGUUUCACAGCCACAAAUGGCACUAAAAGAGGUGCCAGAUCCACUGGCAAGCAGCCAAAGACAGUCACUCCCAGGAUCCUCAGAGGAACACAUGGCACAGUGGGAAGUGAGAAACCAGACCCAUCUUCCAAACAGAGAACCUGAUCAGGCACUGCCUUCCUCAGCUAGCCAGAAACAUUCGGACAAGAAGCGCCCAGCACCUGCAACCACUAGAAAACUAAAAGAAAAGAGGCUCAGAACCCUGCCUUUAGCUCCAAGUCCCCUACAAGCACUGCCCAGUGAGGACCUGCAAGAGGGAGAUUGGGAGCAAGAAGAUAAAGAUGAAGACAUGGGCUCCAGGCUGGAACACAGUCCCUCAGUUCAAGCAGAUUCUGAAUCCCCAAGCCCUGAAGAAGUACCAGAUUAUCUCCUGCAAUACACAGCCAUCCACAGUGCAGAGCAGCAACAUGCUUAUGAGCAGGACUUUGAGAUGGAUUAUACUGAAUACCGCAUCCUCCAUGCUCGUGUUGGGGCUGCAAGCCAAAGGUUCAGAGAGCUGGGAGCGGAGAUCAAGAGAGUUCAGCAAGGAACUCCAGAACAUAAGGUGCUGGAAGAAAAAAUAGUCCAGGAAUAUAAGAAGUUCAGGAAGCGGUAUCCAGGUUACAGGGAAGAAAAGCGUCGCUGUGAGUACCUGCAUCAGAAAUUGUCCCACAUUAAAGGUCUCAUCCUGGAGUUUGAGGAAAAAAACAGGGGCAGCUGAAGCUAUCAGAAGGCUCUUUACCCUCUCUCUGCUCAGUGAGAUAUGAAGGAACAAAGCAACUAUAAACUGCAGAGUGCAAUUGUCUGCUCUUCUUAUUGCUGAGUCCAUGGUGGCAAGUACGAGAGCUCUUCUAUUCUAAGAUUUCACUUUCAUUGUUGUCACAUUUUACUUUUUAGGAUGUGGGCACAGUGCCAAGAUUCCACAACUGUGCCCAGGAGACUAGGAAGAGUAGCAGAGGCUUGGCUUCUUCAUCUUUAGUUCAGCCAAGUCAUUUUCAAAUCCUGAGAAAUGACACCAUUCCCAGGACAAGAUACCUUGAGAACAUUAGAAUUUAGACUGGUAGCCUCCCUAAAGCAACAGUAAAGAGAACUUUUGGUAACAGAGCUAAAAGAACUUGUAAUACACCUGGAUAUAAUGGGAAAGGGCUUAGUUGUUCCCCAUGUACUAAAAGUGAAUUCUUUUACAAACAUGGCUAAAUAUUG